AUGGAGUUUAAGACAGGAAGUAUAGUUGAAGUGUUUGUUAGCCAAUCGUGGCGUUGUGCCCGUGUGCUUUCUCGCAAUGGGCUUGAUUGCAAAGUAAGUUAUGACGUUUAUCCUGGUUUCACUGACCAGGCAGACGUUGAAAGCAUAUCGGUUGAAUAUCUUAGACCGUGCCCUCCUUUUUUAGAAGUUUCGAAAUCUUGGAUUGUUGGUGAUGCUGUGGAGGUGUUUCACAAUCUGUCAUGGAACUUGGCUACUGUUUUGAAAGACUGCGGUUGUGAUCAGUUUUCAGUCAGAUUGGUUGGAUCUUUGGAAGAGUUGGAUGUAUCCGGAUCAGAAAUACGUCGAAGCCAGAAGUAUGAGGAUGGUAAAUGGGUAGAGGUUGAUGUCACCAUUCCUAGAAUUUUCAAAGCGGCAGGUUGUACAAAGAUGCUUCUUAAGGAUGAGCAAGAUUCGGGUUUGGAAGCUAAGCAAGGGAAUACUAAAGCCCUGAAACGAGCAUUGUCUUUUUGUGAUUCUGAAGACGGGGGGCGUCCACAGAAAUUCAGAUGGGUUGAGAAAGAGGGAAAGCGUCUGCGAUUGCUGGAAACAUCAGCUGAAAAGGAGAUUAAUGACACACAUAGUGUGGUGAGCUCUAGUGGGAGUUGUAGCAGUAAUGGCUAUAACCCAGAUGAGGUUUGUAGUGGAUCAGGCCCUGUUGAAGAUUAUGAAAGUGAUGUAGAGUUUUUUAGUCAAUUAGAAGAUAGAAUUCAUGACCUGGAGUUAAAAAGAUAUUGUAGCGAGAUGGAGGCAUUAUAUGAAUCAGGAACUUUAACAUGGGAAGAAGAUGGCAGGAUAACAAGCCUUCGUCAGAAGUACAAAGUAUCAGAAAACGAGCAUUUCUCUAUUCUGAAAUGCUUGAUUUAUUCAUCUGAUAACUCUAUUGAUAGAUGA